CCUCCAGGCCACUGGAUGUCGCCCAUGUGCUUUUCUCAACAAGCGCCAGUGAAAACGCAAGCAGACGAAGAAAAAAGCAACAACAAACGUAACUGGCAGUGGGCGUGCGGUGAGAAAUGAGUUCUCAUCUGCUGGUGUCCUGCAACUCUUCCCGUCAUGGAUCUCUCCUACUGCUUCACUUUGGCCAGUCCUGCUGGCUCCGAACCUUCAGCAGCGGAGCCCGCAUCGGCAGCACCCUUCGAGAGAGCUACCGGCUGCUGGAGCUGCCCGCAGACGAAUCUGUCAGCCCCGAGCAAGCCAAAGAGUCCUACUUGCGCCUGGCCAAGCUCUACCACCCGGACUCCGGCAUGCCCACCGCUGAUGCGGCCCUCUUUACUCGGGUGGAGGAGGCCUACCGCUCUGUGCUGGCUCACCACAGUGAGGCCCGGUGUCGAGAGGCGGUGCAGGAUGAGGACGAGGACCCGUCCACCGGUGUGGCCCCUCAGCACAGACACUACCUCAGCUAUGAGGGCGUGGGCUCAGGCACCCCCAGCCAACGCGAGCGCCAGUACCGCCAUUUCCGUGCCGACAGGGCCGCGGAGCAAGUUACGGAUUACCGGCAGAGGGAGCACGAGAGAGCGGCGGCGGCCGAAGGGGCGCUGGUGGAGCGGGACGUGCGGCAGCGCAGUAGGAGUAUCAAAAUCACUCAAGCGGUGGAGCGGCUGGUGGAGGAUCUAAUCCAGGAGUCCAUGGCCCGGGGGGACUUCCGCAAUUUAAGUGGCGCCGGAAAGCCGCUCAACAAGUUCCUACACAACCCCUACGCCGACCCCAUGACGCACAACCUCAAUCGCAUCCUCUUGGACAACGGCUACCAGCCGCCUUGGGUGCUCACGCAGCGGGACAUCCGCGAGGCCGCCGAUCGCAUCCGUGGUCACUUGCUGGACGGACGGGUCGGGCUGGGCGAAGCCCUCGGCCCGACAGAGCGCCUCCGCUGGGAGGAGCUGUGCGCUCACGCCGAGGAAGAGUUGGCCAAAGUCAACAAGAAGGUGGACAGCUACAACCUGGUUGUUCCCAUGCUCCACAUGCAAAUGGUACAUUUCAGCCUGGCGCGCGAGGUGCGGCGAGCAGAGGAGGCGGCCGGACGGCGCCGAGUUGAACAACGACAGAGGAGGAAGGAGGAGAGGAAGCGGCUCAAUGCCGCUUACAUCGCCGCCAAGUCUGCAGGCGCCGAGCGAGGACUGCUGUCGUGGAUGCAGAGUUGGCUCAAAUGA